AUGCCGCUCCCAUCUCUCCCUCUUUUCUUGGCAGCGCAACAUCAUGCGCAGACCGACGCUGACAAAGUCGCGGUCAUUGAUGCCACCAAGAAGCAGUCAUUCACUUUCACACAGCUUCUUGAGGAUGCUGCGGGACUUCGUAAACAGAUCCUAGAACUACUGGGGCUUACGACCACGGGUGAUUUAGAGGAGCGUCGCAUUGCGUUCCUUAUCCCAAAUGGCUACGAUUACGUUGCCACUCAAUGGGCUAUCUGGGCUGCGGGUGGAGUGGCUGUUCCUCUCUGUACAAGCCACCCGGUGAAAGAACUUCUAUACACAAUAGGUGACUCGGACCCGUCGUUGAUCCUCAUCCACCCCGCGUUCGAGAAAUUUGGUCCAGCACUACGUGAACAAUGCACUACAGACAUCCCGUUCCUGGGACUCGAUCCCUUCACUCGCAACGACUCGCCCUCCUUGCCCUCCUUUAUCCCCGCAUUCCCACUAAACCGCCGCGCGCUUAUGAUUUAUACCUCUGGAACAACAGGCAACCCCAAGGGAGGUGUGAGCACACAUGAGAUCAUCGAAUUCCAGGCAAGCUGUCUCGCCAAAGCCUGGAAGUACAGCUCUUCUGAUCAUCUUAUUCAUGUGCUCCCUCUCCACCACAUCCACGGUAUCAUCAAUGGAUUGACGGCCUGUCUUCUGAGUGGCACAACGGUGGAAAUGCACCCUAAGUUUGAUCCUAAGGUUAUCUGGGAGCGCUGGCAGGACCGAGGCUCCUCUACCAUGUUCAUGGCUGUACCGACCAUCUACUCUCGCCUAAAUGAUUAUUUUGACACCCACAUCCGUGGAACAGACCAUGAAGGAGCAGCACGGGAGGGUGCAAAGGCGUUGCGUCUGGUGAUUAGCGGAUCAGCUGCGCUCCCAACUCCUGUCAAAACCAAAUUUGCCGAAAUCACAGGCCAGAUUUUGCUCGAGCGUUUUGGCAUGACCGAGAUCGGCAUGGCGAUUAGCUGUGGAUUGGAAUUGGACCAGCGUGUUGACGGGAGUGUGGGAUGGCCGCUGCCUGGAGUCCAGGUCCGCUUAACCGAGAAAGAAACCGGACGCAUUGUCGAGGAUAUCGACCAGGAUGGAAUGAUUGAAAUCAAGGGUGGCAACGUCUUCCUCGAGUACUGGCGCAAACCAGAGGCAACAGCUUCCGAAUUCACGGCCGAUGGCUGGUUCAAGACGGGUGAUGUGGCUAAGCGGGAUUCUACUGGGGCGUACUUUAUUCAAGGUCGUGCCUCUGUUGACCUGAUUAAGUCUGGUGGAUACAAGAUCUCCGCACUAGAAGUGGAACGGAAGAUGCUUGCACUAGAAUCGAUCCAGGAAGUAGCGGUUGUGGGAUUGAAAAAUGAAGAAUGGGGUCAGCAGGUGGCCGCGGUUGUCAAGUUUCGUGAAGGGGCUACCCCGUUGGAGCUUCCUGCUCUCCGCGCUAUUUUGAAAACCGAGAUGGCACCUUACAAGGUACCCACCGUCUUAAAGGUUGUGGAUGGCAUUGAGCGCAAUGCCAUGGGUAAGGUCAACAAGAAGACCAUCAUUCAGAAGUAUUGGCCUGAUAAGGCAUAG